AUGGCUCCUAUUUCCAUGUAUAGCAAGGACGAGAAGGUCCUCUGCUUCCACCAUGAGAUCCUUUACGAUGCCAAGAUCCUGGAUGUUCGCCACAAGGACUCCAACGACAAGAAGAGCCCCUUUGAAUAUCAAGUCCACUACAAGGGCUGGAAGAAUACUUGGGAUGACUGGGUCAUGGAGGACCGUCUUCGCAAGCACACUGAAGACAACCGCGAAUUGGCCAACAAUCUGCGUCGCGAAGCUGAAGCUUCUUUCCGUAUGAAGAACACUAAAGUCACUGCUAAGAAGCGUGCCGGUUCCGACCGUGACUCUGUGCGGGACAGCGAGGACUCCGUUCCCGGCCGUGGCACCAAGCGAGCCCGUGACAGCGAAAUCGAAAAGGAGGAGAGCUUCAACAUCCGCCCCUCUGUCCGCAUUAUCAUGCCCGACAACUUGAAGUCCCUGCUUGUAGAUGACUGGGAACAGGUAACCAAGAACCAGUGCGUGAUCUCUCUGCCGGCGAAGUACCCAGUCCGCCAGAUCCUGCAAGACUGGCACGAGGAAGAGCUUCCAAAGCGGUCGGGCUCGUCGGCAGACGAGGACGUGCUGGAGGAAGUGGUUGCCGGGAUCCAGGAGUACUUCGACAAGUGUCUGGACAAAAUCCUUCUCUACCGCCACGAACGCCCCCAGUACCGUGGGCUACGCAAGAAGUUCGAGGCGGCCACCGGGGACCUGGCCGAUAAGGGCCCCAUCGAUGUCUACGGAGCGGAGCACCUCAUCCGCUUGUUCAGCACCAUGCCUGAGUUGAUUGCUCAGACCAACAUGGACUUGCAGGCGACAAACCGCCUGCGAGAGGAGAUCUCCAAGCUCUCCAUGUGGCUGAGCAAGCACUCGGAGAAGUACUUCGCCACCAGCUACCAGCCGGCGGAGAGCACUCACUGA